AUGGGAGACACAGCGAGCAAAAAAGAUGCAGAUUCAAGUCUGCAUCCACUUGCGGCCGCAGCGCAGCAGCCGCCCAGCGACGGGGAGUCGAUGGCUGACGAAGCCAUCGCUGAGGCAGUCCCUGGCCAGUGCCAGGCACUCAGCAACUCCCAAAAGGAGUAUGGAGAAGGCCCGGAAGCGCGGGCUGAAGAAACCAACGAGAUCCAGGACCCCCCCACUGGGGGCCCCACAGCCCAGCAGUCUACACACACAGAGUCACAGACCGCUGUGGUGGAGAUGUUCGAGGCAGCAGAUAUUAGGCUGAGGGACCCGGGUUCGAUUCCCGCUGACGAACAAUACCUAGGGAGCGAGCACAACCAACAGGAACAACCGUUUGGCAGUAGUGCGUUACCCGAAAAUCCAGAUACCGCAGAACAGGGUCCAACAGCCCCCUACCAACCCGAGACUAAUUUAGCCGGGAGUGUAGGGCACGUAGAUGAUAAUCAGGAGGUACAGGGUUCAAUUCCCAGUGGGGAAUCGCAGGAAACACUCGAGAAACAGCAGCAGGAGGCCCCUAGCGGGCUCAACAGGCCCUCUUUUAGGGAGGCUGUUCGCCAAUUCGUCGCCCGCCGUCGAGCAGGCGAAUGCUGCAGCCUCGAGAAUCUAUCCCCCUUGUCCUCAGCAGCCAGCAACAGCACAAACGGGGCAGCCAGCAUCCCUUUGUUCGUCUUCGGCGCUAGUCGCGAAGACGAUAAUGCAACAGCCGAGCCCUCUAGCAGCAGCCAAACACCCACGCGAGGGCCGGAAACCGGCUCUGUCUGUUGCCCCAGCUGCAACAGGAGCUUCGCCACCAAGAAGGGACUUUCCCAACACCUGCGACGGGGCGCAAGUAACAAGUGCGCCCAGUCGAGAGCAGAACUGCUCAACAAAGAGCAGAAUAUCAUCCGGCAACAGCGACAAGUCCUCUCGAAAGAGAAGACGACUCGGCAGUCCCGGCAACUACAACAGCUCAGCAGCGGCCAACAGAACCCCCUAGAGAGGCACAGAUGA